AUGGCUACUGGAAAAGACAGUCUACUUCUUUUGAUCCCUUCCACGGUGAUCGAGACUCUCCUGGUAAUCGCCUCCCACCUGAGCUCGGAGCGACCGGUGACUAUAUUCCUCUAUGCAUUCUCCAUCAACUUCGUUAUACUGGCAAUAUGGAACGUCUUCAUAUAUCCAUUCUUUGUCAACCCACUGCGGCACCUACCAACUGUCCAUGGACACCUUAUCGGAGCCAAAGUCUUCAUGCGCCAUCCGCGAGGCCAAAUAACCGUAGACUGGCUCCGCUCAAUUCCAAACGAUGGUCUUAUUCACUUCCGCGAAGCUCUGAACUUCAGCUUCCUGAUUGCAACCAACCAUCGAGCGUUAAUGGAUGUCCUGAACACGAACAGCUACGAUUUCGUUAAACCGCCUGGUGCACGCGCAUUCCUGGCCCGUGGCCUUGGAUACGGGCUUAUUCUUUCCGAGGGUGAUGCACACCGCGCUCAGCGCAAGGCUGUUACGCCUGCAUUUACUAUGAGGAAUAUUCGCGCCAUGUAUCCGCUCAUGUGGACCAAGACGCAGCUUUUCCUGAAGCAGUUGGAGAAGGAGAUUAGGCUUCAUCCGGAGCCGGGUACGCCUUCUGGUGGGCCGGUGGGGUGCCUUGAGAUUUCGGGUUGGGCUAACCGAUUGACACUUGAUAUCAUCGGUCCUGCGGCUAUAGGUCGUGACUUCCAGUCUCUUGAGAACGAGAAUGAUCCCGUUUCGCAGAAUUAUACAGCGAUCCUCAAGCCUUCGGUUGAAUUGCUUGUUCUUUUUGGUGCUUCGCUGCUGUUUCCUCAGUGGAUAGUGAGAAACAUCCCCUGCAAGGCGAAUUUCACUCUCCCGCGGAAAGUGAACUAUUUGCGACGGGUGUUUCAUGAAAUCCUUGUGGAAAAGCGAGAACUGCUUGCACGCGAGAAGAGCGAUCAGGAGCCUGCCGAAGGUGACAUUCUAGGAACGAUGAUGCGAGGCGGGGAGUUCAGUGAUAGUGAGCUCGUCGAUCAGAUGCUUACGAUCCUUGCUGCUGGUCACGAAACAACAGCCGGCGCCCUGACCUGGUGUUGCUACCAUCUCAGCAAAGAACCACACAUCCAGGAAAAGCUCCGCGAGGAAAUCCGCGCCACAAUCCCCUCUGCCGACGCCCCCGUCACCUGGCAAGACCUGGAGGGAAUGCCCUAUCUAAACGGCGUAAUCCAAGAAGUCCUCCGCCUCUACCCAACGGUUCCCAUGUCGGGCCGCGAAGCCAUCCGCGACACAACCGUCGCCGGCAAAAAGGUCCCCAAAGGCACGACCAUCGUACUAUGCCCGCAAUCGGUCAAUCGCAGCUAUGAGUUCUGGGGUGAGACGGCAGAUGACUUCCUGCCUGAGCGAUGGAUUGAUACGGAUAAAGAGGGCAAACAGGUGCCGAAUAAACAUGGCGGUGCGUCUACGAAUUUCGCACAAAUUACGUUCCUUCACGGGCCGAGGGCUUGUAUUGGAAAGGACUUUGCGAAAGCGGAAUUUAGGUGUGCGGUUGCGGGGCUUUUUGGACAGUUUCACCUUGAGUUGGAGGAUCCGACGCAGAAGAUAACUUUCGGAGGCACUUUGACCACUCAGCCUAUUGAGGGGAUGCAUUUGAAGUUGACUAAAUUGGAGGAUUGGGUGGCGUAG